CAAUAAUGGUUCAAAUAGAUUUAUUGCCGGUAUCUGACAUCUUCAUUCAGACAUAAUGGAAGAAUACGAGCGCGGUUACGGAAAGCAGAAGCUUUUAACUCAGUCCGUUGGUUUAUAUAACAUACAACUUCACAUUUUACCGAUAGUCUACACCACUCAAUGGCUACUAAAAUACACUGUACUGUUCUAAUUGUCAAAUGUUGUCUUUAUCGUCGCCUCUAUUGAUAGCAAAGGUCGCGUUUGGUAAUACCAAAGGUGUCUGAAAUAGUUUCAUCUGACUGUCAGUGCUGAUGUAGUGACAAUACGCUUUUGGCCUUGCCUUGUUCAUUUUACWAUUCGGCGACGUACAGAGAAAUCCACUGGGCUGGAAACAAUCGUAAAUAUUUGCAUAGAGUAACAUACAAUAGUAGCUAUUAUAGUACAACUGAUUUAGCGCUGAAACGACUUUGAAAUACUUAAAAAAACUGACGGAAUUAGAACUGCAUUAAAUUAGAACGGUAUUUGAGAGUACAGGUUGUUUGUCCAGAUGGAAUUGAUGAUAUUUGAACCAGCAAGUUUUCACCACAAUUCAACAAACUCUUCAAACAGCACAACUGAGUCGAUGAGAAGUGAGAGCGUUGAGUUCAAGACUGUCAAGAUAUUCUUUUACUUUCUGAUCUUCGUUUGCAGCACGUUUGGAAAUGUCACAGUUGCGUAUAUCAUUGGCACUACAAGAAAAAUGCGAACUUCUUCGAACUAUUUAAUCUUGAACUUAGCAAUUUGUGACACUCUUACUCCAAUGAUAAGCAUUCCUUUUGACUUUGGACUAGAAGAAAAUGGAUAUAUCUGGUGUUAUGGGGGUUUUCUGUGUAAACUUCUAUGGCCUGCGUCUACUUUAACAAGUACAGCUUCAGCUCUGACUCUAGCAGUUAUAGCUCUAGACAGGUAUCGCCUCAUUAUGCAUCCAUUUAAACCAAGAUUAACGUCCAAAGUGAUCCGAUUGUCUAUUGUCUGUGUAUAUGUCUUGUCUAGUGUCGUAGUCGCACCCUAUAUCAUUGUACUAAGGCUUAAGAACGGACAAUGCAGUGAGGGCUGGCCUGAUUUUACAUACAGGAAGGGUUAUACCCUGGUGUUGUUCAUGGUGCAGUAUGGGUUACCCCUUCCUUUCAUGGUCAUCAUGUAUAUAUUAGCAUUAAAGAACUUAUACAGUUCCACACAACGAACUUCUGACAUGAAGAAUCAAUUCGUGAAAAGCAGCCAAGAGCCAAACGGGACGACAGCUGARAACAACAGCAACACUGGCACAAAGAAACAGAGAAAGGAAAGCAGAUAUAUAUUGAGACAGAUGAAAGAACACGAGGCAAAUAAAAGAGCAACCAUUAUGUUUAUUGUUGUCGUGCUUGUUUUUGCCAUCUUUAUGCUUCCUAAUCAGAUCAUCUGGCUUUGGGCGGAUUUUGGUGACGGUCUUUCAAGACCAGGAUUCGAGAAAGCAAUGAUUAUAUGUUGGUUAUUCACUUAUUCGAACUGUGUCUUUAAUCCRGUCAUCUUUACCAUAUUCAGCAAAGACUUCAGAAAUGGCUUCAAGAAAAUCUUUACAAAGAAAUGUUUUAGGKAGUCAGGGAAGAUUAGUAGUCCUGAAACAUCMGUAUAUUUACGCCCUUCAAUCCACUCUAUGGUCUCAAAUGGACCUUCAAGUUAUGCACCCCUCGAUUCAGCUGAGACUGUACUAUAACUGAGAUCAGUGAAAUGGAAAUAUGGGAAGUACAUGGAAGGCUUAAAGGUAAAAGAAAAAAAAACAAAUUAUCUAUCUAUCAGUGGUAGACCUAUGACACGCUGCUUUCGUUCAUGUUAGGAAGACAGUAAUGAGCCUAAAGCGAUUAAAAAAACAUCUGUGAAUCAUUGGUGGUUAGAACUCACAGCAACACYUGAACUUGUGCCCGCAAGAUAACUAUGAUUAYUAACGUAUGUGAAUUUGUGCAACGAGAUGAUUUCAAGUUCAGUUUGCAAUCAUUGCACUUGGCUCACAAGUUUUUAAUGACGACAAUUACCMUGGAAAUGAUUAAAGARUUAAACCAUCUGAUACCAUAGCAACAUAUCAGGCAAUAUAGAUAGAGAUUUAAUGAGUGGUAAUAAUGUUUACGUUAACAGCCGAUCCAAAGUCAAUUGACACCGAAGCUGUCUGGGCAUAAUUCGCCCAAAGGUUUUUAGAAGAACAUCAAAACAUGAACUAUCCAUUUGUUAAUGGAAGAACUCGAUAUGUGGUGCUCUAUGAGUGAGAUUGAUCAUUUUAACAUGAACA